UCCCAACACUGUUUUCCAGCAUUUUUGUUGUGAGUAAUAUUUAGUUCCACGAUUAACACCAAAAUUUGUAUUAAAUAUUUUAAAUAAUGUCGCAUCAAACGGGCAUUAGAGGUAACGAGCAGCUGGCGAAAGUUUUCGGCAAGGCAAAGAACGGUAAAUUGCGUGUGGUUAAAGUUUCCAUUGAGAACGAACAGUUGAGUUGCAGCGGCACCGCUGAGGUGAAGAAGGAUUGGGAACGCGAUUAUGACAAGCUGGUAAGCCCAAUGCUGGAGGAGAGUGUGCCCUGCUAUAUACUAUAUCGGUUGGAUGUAAAGAUUCCUUUGGGCUACAGUUGGCUCCUAAUCAGCUGGACUCCCGAUACUGCCAGCAUACGACAAAAAAUGGUCUAUGCCUCCACCAAGGCCACGCUGAAGACUGAGUUCGGUUCAGCAUACAUCACGGAGGAGGUACAUGCCACCACAUUGGACGAGACAACGCUCGAUGGAUAUAGGAAGCAUAAACGGGAAUUUUCUGCCCCCGCGCCUCUUACCAUGCGCGAAGAGGAGCUUCAAGAGCUGCGCAAAACGGAGGUCCACACAGAGAUUAGCACAAACACUCGCCAUCAAACACUGGGUGGGAUCUCUUGUCCAUUGAGUGACGCCACAAUAUCAGCUAUAAAGGAUCUGGUGCGUGGCAACUACGACUAUUUGCAGUUUCGCAUUGAUCUUGCAGAAGAACGAAUCCACGUAUCGAAUGCGGCCAAAGUGGAGCUCAAUGAUUUGCCAAAACAAGUGCCCGAGGAUCAUGCCCGCUAUCAUUUGUACUUGUUUAGGCACACCCACGAAGGUGAUUAUUUGGAAUCCUAUGUGUUCAUCUACUCUAUGCCAGGUUACAAUUGUUCGGUCCGAGAGCGCAUGAUGUACUCCAGUUGCAAGGCGCCGUUUCUAGAGGAAUUGGCAGCCUUGGGUGUGGAGGUCAUUAAGAAGUUGGAAAUUGAUAGCGGAAGCGAACUAACCGAAGCCUAUUUGCUGGACGAAUUACAUCCAAAGAAGAUAUUGUAUCGUCCAGCCUUUGCCAAACCCAAGGGUCCACCAAAUCGCGGCGCAAAGCGCCUUACACGACCCACCAACGAAGAUGAAGUCUGAAACAAACCAAACGGUUACCCAUCGAGUCAUUUUUCCGUAUUCUAGAGCAUUUAAUUUAUUUAUACUCAAAUUUGUGUCUAUUUACGUUCAUCUUCAUGUAUUCUUUUUGUUCUGUUCCUAAUCAAUAUCCAAAUCAUUAGUUGGUCUAGGCAUCAACUAAAAAAAAACAACGCAUAGCAGCUGAUAUGGGCUUCCUCUGGACAUAUUUGCAAUUUAUUUAAUUAAUAAAAUCAAAGGAAUUAUUCUAAUUAA